AAACGUCCAAGCCAGUUUUUGUCUGCAACCGGCGCUCACCACAAAUAUAUACCGUUGCUUGUGCCAGCAAUUGCUCCUGAUCAAUCUACCCUCGCUAGCCCCACCAUGAAGGAAUACAAAUUAGUCGUUGUCGGAGGCGGUGGUGUCGGUAAGUCGGCGCUCACCAUCCAGCUCAUCCAGAGCCACUUUGUUGACGAGUACGACCCCACCAUUGAGGACUCCUACCGCAAGCAGUGUACCAUCGACAAGGAGCAGGUGCUUCUUGACGUGCUUGACACCGCCGGACAGGAGGAGUACAGCGCCAUGCGCGAGCAGUACAUGAGAACCGGUGAAGGUUUCUUGCUUGUGUACUCAAUCAACUCUAAAAACUCGUUGGAGGAGCUCCAGUCAUUCUACGAGCAGAUCUUGAGAGUCAAGGACGCCGACUCCGUGCCGGUGUUGGUGGUCGGAAACAAGUGUGACUUGGAGAUUGAGAGACAGGUCAGCUACGAGGAGGGGUUGAGUUUGGCCAAGUCGUUCAACUGCCAGUUUUUGGAGACCUCUGCUAAACAGCGCAUCAACGUCGAGGAGGCAUUUUUCGACUUGGUGCGGUCGGUGCGUGACCAGGACGCCGUGGUCGCCGACUCCGACGACAAGGACGCCCUCAACCACACUGCGUCUGCCGCCAACACCGACUCGGGCGCUGUUUCGCCAACCAACGGCAAGAGCAGUGCUGCCGUGGCCCCCCAGCUGCAGCCCCAGGCUUUAAUUGUUUAGUUAUUUAAUGUACCUAGGUCGCCGAUCUAGAAUAAAGAGCGAACUAGAAGUUGGAUGUAAGAACGAGAUGAUGCAUUUUUCAUUUGUAGUGAAAUAUUGGUAUUAUUCUGAGCACGAGACAUUUG